CAUCAUUUUGGUUAGCAGACGACAGCAUUGUGCGCGAGCAGGCGCGUUGUGCUCUUCCUAUAGGUUGAAAGCAUUCCGGUUGUGUCGUGUGUGUCGAUGCAUUAUAUCCACCCUAUGUCCUGGCAUGGAAUCUCGCGACACGUGGUUCUUCCUGAAGUUUAAGGCUACAAGGACGUGGAGUAAGCGACACGUGCCGGUUCCAAUACUAAAGUUCUUCUUCGGUGAGCCUGGAACAUAUCGUUGCCUCAGGGUUUUCUUCGGGUUCGUCUUCGGUUUGUUCAUGGGAACAUUCUUCUACAAAGAAAUCGUUCGCAAGAUGUUCACCACUGAACUGACGCUUCGAGUCAUGGGUACGACAGUUGUUUUACUGACUGCUGUCGGUUAUGCAUCCUCCGCGAGAGCCCGAGCCAUAUCUUGGCUCAUUGUACCAUUUCUCUGCGGCAGAGCUGGUCGAACCAUGUUGGUCACCAUCAGCGUCUCCCUCGUGCUUACCGGUCCGCUUGAGAGCAUGAUGCUUAACAGCAAGGCUGCGGUAGAUUCUUUCAUGUGCCUGGGAGCCCUCUCGUUCAAUCACACUAAGGAGAGACUACUUCUGAUGUAUAAACCCAUCAAGCGAAUCAUAUGGGAUUUUGAUAAACAAGCCAAAGUAAUCCACAACGCUACGUCACAAAUAGACAAAGAAGUACAACCAAUAGAAAACGAGAUAAGCGCUGGAGAUGAAGUGAAGAAGCUGGAGGCCGACGCGGACUAUGUUGAUAAAGUGUCUGAUUCCGAGUCACGCACUCAGCUAGUGAGAGAUAAGUACACGAACCUGAGCAAAGAACUAGAACUAGGCAAAGAGUACGAGGAAGAUUAUGCAAAGAAACUCGAAUUGCGCUGCGAAGGAAUAUUCUCCCAGGGAGUUAGAGGCUGUCGCCUCGCAUUCAAAAAGGCUGAAGAACGUUGUUUUGAAGCGCUCUGGAUUCUUGGGUACCUUCUGUGUUGGCCCAUGAAACUAACAAUAAUCUGUCACCUUGUGAGCACAUUUUUGGGCAAGCGAACCUGCGACGGCUUGGAACCAAUCAACGCUGGGUUUGGACAGAGCAUUGCAGCGAUGAAAUCGGUGAAACGAGAAUUUGACAAGAAUUUUCGCGUCAACGUCCAGUAUAAGCUGGUCCUUCCUGAGGACGCCAUUAACCUGAUUAGCCCGGAUGAUUUGAAGAAGAGCGUCAACAAGGAGUUCGAGCGCCGCCGGAAACGUGUGGGAAUCGUUGCGACAUUUCUCAGCCGGGUGUUUGCUGUGGUUAUUGCUGGCGUUAUACUCGAUGCCAAGGGAUACGUUGAAAACUAUUGCGAUGACAUCACUUUUGACAACGUUUACAUCACCGAGUAUUUCGCUAAAAUAGACGAUCGCAGGCAAUUACAGGGUCUUCCGACGCUCUUGCCUUUGAAGAGAUACGAAGCGAUAGACGUGUACGACCCCACAACUCUGUCGUUGUCACGCGUUGAGUGGAACAUUGUGAUAAAAGGCUGCGUUUCGGAAGUGGUCCACAUAGUCUUCGGAAGCGUCAUGCUGGGUCUCGACCUGUUGCUUUAUGACGUCUUGGAUAUUAUACGCCGCAAUGCUGAAGUGAAAUUUGUGCAAGAAGGCUACCACCGCAUCGCCCUGCAGGUGUUUGGCACCGGUGCGGUGAGCAACCUUGUGCGGAAGAUCUUCAAAGAGUUUGACGUGGAGGAAAAGCUGGAACGGAUAUCCAGCAACGCACACUGUUUACCCAAGCCUGUCCGAACGUCACGCUGGUUGAUCGCAAAAUUGUACUUCACUUACGCUGCCAUGGUGGCGCUGGUGUUCGCCCAGAUGUACUCGCAACGGCUCAGAAGGGUCGUCUGCUCUUACUUUUACAGGAAAAGGGAGAAGAAGAGAGUACUUUAUCUCUACAAUAAGAUACUGAAAAGACGUGUCGGGUACUUGAAAUACACGAGGCAUCGAAUUCGGAAGCUCGUGCGAGAACGAGAUUUCGACCUAAAUGUCGGCUGGUUCGAAUUCCUACGCAAGGUCACCCCGAGGCUGUACAGGGUGCUGCAAUUCUUGGGUAUCACCAAUCAGCGAACUUGUCUGGUAUGCGGUGAUCCCGAAAAUAGUGACUUUUACAUCUGUCCAACAACCGUUUGCCAGUGCAUGUACUGCGGUCAGUGUUGGGAUGAUAUAGGGAGGUGCUAUGCGUGCGAAGAAGAGCAAGAAGGCGAAUCCUCUCUCAGUGACGAACUUUUCCCGUUACAUUAAUCGCAAACGUCAUCAUCCAAGAAGCAGGAGAGGGAACAUCGCUUUUCUAGAUAUCGCCUUUGCGUACGUAAGGGAUGGCGUUGGUGGUUCUGCGCAUGCGCAAUACAUAGACAGAGCUUCGCGCAUUGCGCAGAACCGCUAUACGCUAUCCCUCGUACGCUAAGGCGGUUGCGUAUACGAUGCACUAAAACUCUCUAUUGUUACCCGAAUUUAGCGUUGAGUAGUCUACCAAGGUGUUUUCUGAUAUUACUUCCUCUGUGAGAGAAUACUGUUUCCUUGUAUACUCUCCUUGCAUACAUAUACGUUCUUUUUAUCAAAUAUAAACUACGGGGUUUGUAAUGAAGAUGGAAUGAAGAAAUGAGCAUUUGGGAGCUAAACGGUACAUUAGAGAACGUACUGUGCGCAAAAAAAAAAAAAAAAAAGGAAAUCAGAUAGCGUUCUUUGUGGACAAAUCGUGAAAAUUAAAAACCUGCUGCCCUCUUAGUAACUGCUAAGCCUCGCGUGUAUGCUUGUUUGCGUAGCUUCGUUGCAGUAGAAACUCUCUUACGAUAUUUAUUGUGCCGCGUUCUUAGAACGCAACGUACACUUCUAGCAAAUAUGCCUCCUAGAACUAGCUUCGAAGCGUGACCGAUGCUAAAGAAAAUGGCGGAUGUAAGUUAAUUGGGAAUGUGUAAGAAAGAGCUGUUUUUAAUUUUUCUUAAUUCACUGAAACAAAACUUGAAGUUGAAAAAAAAAAUUACACGAUUUUCUGCAUCCACGAAUCGUCGACGAGGACGAAUUCCAUACAGUAUUUUUUUAAGGAACUGUAUUUCUUUCGCUCCUUAAAAAAAGAAAAAAAGAGAAAUUAUACCUUACUUGUUUUGGGUAACCCAGCGUGUAACCCUGCAGAUAAAAUCCUGUAUAGUACUCCA